UCCGACCCAAAGACAGAGGCAUACAAUUAUUUUCUGUCCAUGAAGGCGUGUUCCUCGCUGUCUCCGCUGUCUCACCUGAUGACAGUAAAGAACAGAUACGAAUACCAGAACAUCAUUAGGUUCUUGUCUGCAGCUGCUGAAUAUUGGAUAGGUGAUGACAGUGCAAGUAGCAGCAGUUCUUUGAACAAUGGCGGCACCAAGCUGGGUGGUGGCGGUGGUGGUUACACCAACUGGGCAGUCGGAUAUCCGUCCGCGCGCUCCCUUACCGAUUGCGUCGAAUUAAGCGGGAAGAGUGGAGCGUUUCUGUGGAAAGGAGCCCCCUGCUGGGAAACUAGACCGUUCAUUUGCGCACUUCGACCCAAAGAUUCAAUGGCACCUAUUGUUGGUUAAAUGGCAAAAGUGUUAACGUUUUAAUGGCUCAUCACCAGUUGGUUUAAAAAUAUUUUCUUUACAGAAGAACAAUCAAAACAAAAUUGUUACACAUUUAAAUCUGCUCUAUCUCUCUUUUUUAAUCCCAAUGGUCGCCGCUACCGUUUGCGUAUUACGUGUUUACAUGUUAAGAGGCUUGCCUUUAGUAGUUAUCUUUAAUUUACCUUUGAUGUCAAUAAAUGUUUCAU